AUGCCAGACAAGGCAGCGGGAGCGGCGCCGUUGCGGGUCAGAGAACACUCUCCCGGGCGGCUGGGCCGUGGGAUACCGGUAGCUACGGACCUCUCACCGAGGCAGUGGAACACGCUGCACGGCGGACGCGCGCAGCGGGUGUCGGACUGUAUCGGCGCAUUAGGAUCACGUGGCUGUCAAGGCAUUGUGUGCUACAGUUCUGGCAGGCCUCUACGGAUAGGGCGGAAGGGCCCAAGGCGAGAAGCCACCGAGCGAGGUACUUCGGGUGGCUGGACUCUGGGAGCGAGCAGGCGUGUCCACCGGGCACCGCACAGUGCACUGGGAAGGUCGCGUCGCGUCACCUCAAGUCCCGACCCGGGGCAUCGUGGAGGGUCGGAAUGCCCCCAGCUCAGGGUGACGCGUGAGCGUUGA